AUGAAUGAGAAGAAAUUGAAAAAAUACCAAAAAAAGAAAUCCAAGAGAAAAAUCUGGUUACUACUCGUGGAUGACAUUCUCUAUGAAAUAUUUCAUUACUUUCCCUCAUGGUUUAUCAUUAAAGUCUGUAUGAAAAUUUCAAGACAAUGGAGACAAGUGGCAUUUCGAAUUCCUUUAUCUAUUACAGUUCCUGUUUACCAUUCCAUUUUUGCUCCCCCACAACUUAUAAGACAUCUCGCAAAUAGCGAAUGUUUGGAGAACAUGACUUCGUUGAAUAUAAAUCGCAAUGACAUUGGUAUUGAAGGAAUCAAGUGUCUUGCUCACAGUAACUAUUUUAAAAAUUUGACUUGUUUGAAAAUUACAUUCUAUGGAGAUGGUAAUAAUUGUUUAGCCAAACUAAUUGCUAACAGUGAAAAUUUAAAAAUUUUAACUUCUCUGAACCUACAUUGCAACCUUGACAACGAAGGAGUUCAAUUUAUUUCUAAUAGCAACUAUUUGAAAAAUUUAACUUCUCUAAGACUAAACAGCAACAAGAGACAAUGUUGGGACUAUAUAUAUCGUAAUAACAUUGACGAUGAAGACUACAGAAGUGUUGAAUAUAUUACCAAUAGUGAACGGUUGAAAAGUUUAAAAUAUUUAACCCUAAAUUAUAACAAUAUUGGUACAGAAGGUGCAGAAUAUAAGGCAAAUCCUGAACAUCUGAAGAAUCUUACUUGUUUAACAUUGAAUGAAAAUAGAAUCUGGGAUGCAAGAGUUAAACAUAUUGCCAAUAAUGAACAUUUGAAUAAUCUUACAUGUUUGGAGUUGAGAGGUAAUGGUAUUGGAAGAAAAGGAGUUCAAUAUAUUGCUACAAGUAAAUAUUUGAAAAAUCUUAGAUGGUUGGAUUUGAGUUCCAAUAGAAUACGAAACAAAGGAAUUCAAUGUUUUGCUAAUAGUGAAUAUUUUCAAAACCUUACGUAUUUAAAUCUCAGUUCCAAUUGUAUUGAAGGCAAAGCGAUACCAUUUCUUGCGAAUAAUGAAUGUUUGGUAAAUCUUACAAGUUUGGAUCUAAGUAGAAACUUGAUUUCAGAUGAAAAUAGAGAAUGUAUUGAAAAUAUGGAAUUUUUUAAGAAUUUGAUCUCUUUGAGAAUGGAUUGCGAUGAUGAAUGUGAUGGAUAUAAUAGUCCAUAUGGAUCUCCAUUUGACUGGAAUAACGAUUACGCUGAAGAUGAUUCAUCAGAUGAUCAAUUACCACCCUCUCCAAUUCCAAGAAGGUCCUCGAAAGAUAUGAAAACUCGAAAAAGAACAAGUCUAAACGGCGUUGAUUUAAUUAUUUGUUAUUAUUAA